AUUUUGGUCCCCAUUUCAUUAAUAUUCUUGAAAUGUGGGUAACUCUCACAUUUCUACCCCGAUUCUUGAAUACUUUUUUAAUUUCACGAAUGUGAGAAGAUUUAUCCCUUUUUUGUGAUCGAUCAAAAGGAGAGUCUGCAAAAUCCCAAGAUUUUCUGCGGAAUUUUCAAACAAGAAUGUAUAUUACCGAGUUAAAAUCCCGUACUUAUUCUACUAGCUGUGUGCCAACAUUUUGUGUUAGAAACUCAUUGAAAUUUUACCAGCAGCCACAACGGCAACAACACAUUAAACAAGAUGCCGGCGAGAAGGAAUUAAAUGCCUCCAGGUAUUGCAUGGCAUUAGUAGAGAAAAAUGAUUACGAAAAUUAUUUGUGCACAUUGCUGUUGGGAAAGGGUCAAAGACGACAUGCGUUUGCGUUAAGAGCUCUUAAUGUCGAAUUAGCAAAGUGUGGCGCAAUGAUUUCUGACCAACAACAACUUAUUAAAAUGCGUUUACAAUUUUGGAGCGAUUCAAUAGAUAAAUGCUACGAUUACCAAAAAUCCUAUGUGGCAGAUCAGCCAGUAUUAAGUGAACUGAAACAUACUUUGGGCUCCAAUAAAUUGAAUAAAGUUUAUUUAAAACGCUUGGUAACAGCUAGAGACCGUGCGCCCAAUCAACCAUUUGAGACCGUGAAAGAUAUGGAGAAUUACUCAGAGCAAACUUAUUCCUCAUUGUUGUACCUUCUCGUAGAAUUAUGUGGUGUUAAAGACCUCCAUGUAGAUCAUGCUGCUUCACAUUUGGGAAAAGCCCAAGGCGUGGUUACGCUAUUAAGAGCCGUUCCUUACACUAAGCGCGGACAAACACUAAAUGUUCCUCAGGAACUACUCAUUAAAAACGGUGUUAGUGAAGAACGUUUCUUAAGGCACAAAUUCGAUGACAAAGGCGUCGCAGAUUGUGUAUUUCAGAUAGCGGCUGUAGCUCACCAACAUUUAGAAAAGGCUCGUUCUCUCGCGGACAAAAUACCUAAAUUGAUACGUAAAGUUUUCCUACCUUCCGUUAACGUAGAACGAUAUUUGGAACGCCUGAGAGCAGCGAAUUUCAACAUAACUCAUAACAGUUGCCUGCAAAGGGAUUCAAUGUUGCCACUGGCUUUAUACAUGCAUAAUCUGCGUGGAAAAUAUUAAAUAGGAUCCAGAUAUUCACGUGGGACAAAACGAUAAUUUUUAGAUAAAUCACGAAGAGCAUCGGCUAUUAUAUAACAUACUAUAUUGUAAAUUGCUCUAAAAUGUGAUAAAGUAAUGAUAUAAUGUGUAAUGGUUAUUCCGUGAAUAUAUG